GAAAAACGUGGUUCACGCCGCACUGAGCAGACGAAGCUGCCUUAAACAAUUGGAUGCUGGAAGAUUGUUAGAUUUUGGGGGACGGUCUUAAGAUUUCACCCAAAGCGCUACCUUCCGCUAUUCACCAACUCAUGAAUAUGAAUUGAGUGGCAGAUUUAAAGAAAAACGUCGUGGCAGUUCUUUGAGAUUCAACAGCCAGUCUUGAGCCAGAAGAGUAAAAGCCACAUCGAGCGACAGACUAUUCGUUCGAGACAACCUUCCGCUGCGUUUUUGUAUUUUAUUUCAGAACUCUCCGGUUGAGUCAACAUGGCUUUGAGAGGACCACUGUCGAGAUUAUUGAGAUCCUCGUUGAGUUCCUGCCAGCCGAGCCGAUCGCAAUCUGUUGCUAUUUUGGGAGCUCCGUUUUCCAAAGGACAGAAAAGGAGAGGGGUGGAGCAUGGACCCAAAGCCAUCCGGGAUGCGGGUUUGGUGGAAAAACUUUCAAAUCUGGACUACGCUGUGCAUGAUUUUGGAGACCUGACCUUCAAGCACCUGGAAAAAGAUGAGCACUUCAUGCACGUGCCGUUCCCACGCACAGUUGGACGUGCCAAUCAGCUGCUGUCAGGAGCUGUGAGCGGUGCGGUGGGGGCGGGACACACCUGCAUCAUGCUGGGGGGAGACCAUAGCUUGGCAAUUGGUUCAGUAGAAGGACACGCUCAGCAGUGCCCUGACCUGUGUCUGAUAUGGGUGGACGCUCACGCAGAUAUCAACACCCCUUUGACAUCACCUUCUGGAAACCUCCACGGCCAGUCUGUAGCAUUCUUACUUAAGGAUCUGCAGAACAAGAUGCCAGAAGUUCCUGGAUUUUCCUGGAUGAAGCCUUUCCUGUCUGCCAGAGAUCUGGUCUACAUCGGCCUCAGAGAUGUGGAUCCUGGCGAGCAUAUAAUCCUGAAGACCCUGGGAAUCCAAUAUUUCUCCAUGCGGGAUAUUGACAGAAUGGGCAUUCAGAGGGUAAUGGAGGUCACUUUGGAUCACCUCUUGGCAAGGAAACAAAGACCAAUCCAUCUCAGCUUUGACAUCGACGCAUUUGACCCGUCCCUGGCUCCUGCCACUGGAACUCCCGUUAAUGGAGGAUUGACCUAUAGAGAGGGCAUCUAUGUAACAGAGGAGAUCCAUAACACAGGUUUACUCUCUGUGAUGGAUGUGGUUGAAGUGAACCCCACACUAGGAGCGACACCUGAAGCUGUGGAGGCCACAACUAGCCUAGCCGUUGAUGUCAUCGCAUCUGCUCUCGGUCAGACACGUGAAGGUGCACACGUCGCCUUCCCAAAGAUUCCAGAACCAAAAGAGGACACCGAGCUGCGGCUUUAGAGCACAAGAUAUUCAUCGAGGACUUUGACAAACCAACCACUUUGCAUUCCAAAGUCUAAAAGAACGACGCUGAAGGGUUUGCAGAGACUGAGUACCAGACUAAAGAUUUAAUUUGAAGGUUACUGUAGUCUUGGUCAAGAAAUUGUCACCUCACUGGUGAAGUGCUGCUAUAGGCACACGAGUGAGAUUUAUUUUAUUAUGCCUACCACUAAUUUUGCUUUGGCUAAAAAAGAGCUGGGAUCUGGAUUCUCUAUGUUUGAGGACUAAUCUAGCAGAAACAUUAAUAUUUUUAACUUUUGUCAGCUGUUAUGGGAUUAGUGGGUAACCCUGAUCAUGCUCUGGGACUUACUGCAAGAAAAAGUGAUCUAAAAGCAAAUGUGCGUAACAUAUUUUUGCAAGUUGAGGUGACUCUUUACUGUGGUGGACUGAUUGAUUUAUCCUAUAAUUUGAAACAUGUUUGCACUUUUGGACCAGAACUGGUUUUUAUUUAUGUAUGUUUUUGUUUGUUUGUUUUUGUAUAGUAGGACCGCUUUUAAUGGCUAAUUUAAUCCUACAGUUUUGGUUAGGUUUAAACUGAGUGAUCUUUUUUAAAUAACGCAUUUGAAGUAAGUUAUUUUAGUAAUUUUCAUAUCUAUUUAAAUAAACCUCUGAAAAAAAUCAUGUAUGAAUGCAUUUUGUACACCCUUUCAGAUCUGAAUUUACCACCAGUACCAGUCUCCUUAGGGAAGGGUAGUUUGAUUUGUCACACUUUUCUGUUUCAGUAAAAAUGUUUUGUUGCAAUAAACAAAUGUACUGGAGACAGACA